AUGCCGAUGGGUUGUGGCUGCUUCCCCAGGAGAUCCCGAAAGGCCGGUCACUCCAAGUUAGCUAGGCUUCCCUCCAUGACCGAUUCAAUCAACACAUCAAUUCCUAAGAAAAAGGAUGUCCCAGAGAAGAAACUGGUCGUUUGCUUUGGAGAAAUGUUGAUUGAUUUUGUCCCUAUGACUGCUGGAGUUUCACUUGCUGAUGCAGAAGGUUUCAAGAAAGCUGCUGGCGGAGCUCCUGCUAAUGUUGCAGUUGGAAUAUCAAGAUUAGGAGGCUCAGCGGCUUUUAUGGGAAAGGUUGGUGCAGAUGAGUUUGGAUACAUGCUGUCAAAUAUUCUGAAGGAAAACAAUGUGGACAAUUCCGGCAUGUGCUUUGACCAAAAUGCAAGGACUGCAUUGGCAUUUGUUACACUCAGAAGUGAUGGCGAACGCGAAUUCAUGUUCUAUCGCAAUCCAAGUGCUGAUAUGCUUCUCACUAAGAAUGAACUUAACGUGGACCUAAUCAACAAGGCAAGAAUAUUUCACUAUGGUUCGAUUAGUCUGAUUGAGGAGCCUUGUAGAUCAGCUCAUCUCACUGCAAUGGACAUUGCUAAGCAGGCCGGUUGUAUCCUCUCUUAUGAUCCAAACUUGAGAUUGCCACUCUGGCCUUCUGCAGAGGCAGCUCGGAAGGGGAUUAUGAGCAUUUGGAACCUAGCUGACAUUAUUAAGGUAAGUGAGGAGGAAAUUACAUUUUUGACUGGAGGCGACGAUCCUUAUGAUGAUGAUGAUGAUAUGGUCAUGAACAAGCUUUAUCACUCCAAUCUGAAGCUUCUGUUAGUUACUGAAGGAUCAGCAGGCUGCAGAUACUAUACAAAGGAGUUCAAGGGUAAGGUUGCAGGAAUCAAAGCUGAUUGUGUUGAUACAACUGGUGCUGGUGAUUCUUUUGUUGGCUCUGUACUCAACAGUUUGGCUUCAGACCCUGAGUUAUUCAAGAAUGAAAAUUGCCUGAAGGAGGCUCUCAAAUUUGCCAAUGCUUGUGGUGCUCUCACUGUGGAAAAGAAAGGAGCCAUUCCUGCACUACCCACAAAAGAAGCUGUUUACAAAGUUCUUAGCCAAACCUCGGCAUGA